AUGAUCAUAUUGGAAUUUCUGGUCGGGAUCCUCACCAUAUAUGUACAAAAUAUCCGUUCACAACCAGCAAUUCCACCACCGGAACGUCCAGGUGAAAUCCACGACCUGAGUUAUUUGCAGGAUUCUGUAGAAAUCGAAAAGCUGGAACCAGAACAUGUGAAACCAGUGUGUCCCAGCGGUGCUAUUGCGUUUCGCAUGCCACAGGUGGUGCUGUGCGAUCCAACCAUAGUCAAUAUUUGUCCAUACGAAUAUACGUGCGUUGAAGCAGCAAAUGGACAUCUUCUGCCGAAAGAUGCGCGAUCACUGUGCUGUAAAACGUCCACAUUAUAUUCGUUCGCCACAGUUUUCCGAGAAAUCAAACUCUCCCCACGGAUUGUCCCAAAUCCACCGUUAUCAGCUAUUGAAUAUGUCAGACUCAACGUCCACACAUCCGCCACAAUGCAUGAUCCAGAAAUUAGAACCGGAGAUCAUUUUGUGCUUUCUCCGUUCAAAUUAUUGGAACCAGCUUAUCUUAAGGGAGUUCGAUUGUACGCAGAACAAACUCGCAGCAGCUACAUCCAUGUUCUCUUAUUUGAUCCGCUCACUCCUACGGAAAGUAUGCAAUUGUACUACGAUAGAUCGUCAGGAGGUGGACGAUACGUGGAUUUAACCGAACCAAUUGCUGAUGGUGGAUUCAUCGCUAAACGAGUUUUUAAUGCAGCACCAAUGACAAAUAUCGAGAAUCCACAACGUCCUGGACCUAAUCGUGAAUAUCGGAAACUAUGGGUUCUACUUGUUUUCAAAACAACAGAUCCAUUAACACGUCUUUAUGUGUUUUCAACAAGUGAUCUUCACUCAAAAUACAAGACUGUGGCCGAAUUCCUGAAAUCCGAUACAGGAAGACGUCUUGGAACUCCUGUCGCUGGCACAUUCUUCUAUAAAGAUGGAUGUGUUGAGCGCUUUUUUUUAACUUUCGAAGGAAAAUGGUGUGAAAAGGGUGCAGAACAUCCUGGACAACUUCGCUUUUAA